AUGGUCUAUUUGAUCGACAGGAAUAUUGCAAUCUCAACCGGGUCGGCGCCGAAUGUGAGCGACGAGCAUAUCACCGUUGCCUUGCCUAGUUACGGCAUUGGAGGCGCUCAUGUUGCUGAAGCCUUUCCAUCAUACACCGACGGAAAGCUUAGCACAAAACACUUUGUGCUUCAAAUCCAGCUGUGCCAGAUUCAGUCUGAAAUCUACGAAAUCAAAUUCUUCGGCCGGGCCAUCCCAGACCAGUUCCCGAGUUACGACCACUGGGUUGAAAAUAUGGAGGAGCGCAUACAAAGCAUGCUGAACCUGUCCGUUUCCUCGAGUAACGGUGCCAUUCCGCAAUGGAUCACCAACGACGCACAUCAGAGUCAGAACUUGCUGCAUCGACCGCACCCUGGAAGCAUGGUUCCGAGCCCGACUUCCUUGCUAGUCGCAACGACGAGUGCAAUAAGCCUGAUUAACGGCUACCACAAGACUAUCCAGAUGCAGAGGUUGGCCUGGACCUUUACGGUGGUGAACAACACGUUCCAGGCCGCCAUCGUUCUAUUGUAUAUCUUCGGCAACUAUGCAUCUAUCAUCCGUGAAGCUUCGUUAGAGAAUGAGCUCCUCUCUGCGCUAGACACCGUUAUGGAUGUACUGAAUCUUGGAUCACAGAGAUGGCCAGUGAUUGCUUCCACUGCCAUGUACGUCCAAGAUCUG